GAAGCUUGUAGAAAGAUCCAAAUAGUGCUAGCUACUGAAUUGAAGUUAUUUAAGUUUUUUUAAUGGAACACCCUAGAUGUUUAUUUUUUCUAAUCCACGUUAAGAAGAUCCAAGAAGUUUCAAGACCAGUUUGAACUCCCUUUUUUCACCCACAAUCCAUAGGUCUAUAUAUACUUGUGCAAAGUUUCACUUGCUCCACAUAGACUCAGAAAUAGAAUUAGAAAGCAGCAAAAAAUAUACAACAACAACAAAAAAAAAAAAUGUCAAAGAUGAUCAGCUUAUUGAGCAGCAGUGACCCAAUGGUUGCCAUGAUGAAUAUGUGUCCCGUGUUGAGUACCCCAAUUGACUGGAAAGAAACCCCUGAAGAACAUUGGUUCUUCGCUGACCUUCCAGGGCUGACCAAAGAGGAUGUGAAGGUGGAAGUUGACAACGGGAGGAUACUAAUAAUUAGUGGGAAAUGGAAAGCAGAAGAAUUAGUUGAUGAAAAGGAGAAGAAGAAAUUGAACAUGAAAUGGCACAGAGUGGAACGUAAUAGAGGCAAUUUCUGCAGGAAGUUUAGGCUUCCAGAAAAGAUAAAGGCAGAUCAAGUUAAAGCAUCCAUGGAAAAUGGUGUCCUCAUUGUUACUGUCCCUAAAGAAGAGGUGAAGAAACCUUUAUCCAAAGUAAUUGAAAUUGAAGAAAAAUAAGAGAGAGAUGGUGUCAUUUUUCUCAAAUCUUUUGAGUAAUAAAAAAGGUGUAUGUGUGCUUUGUAAUAAUAAAUUGUGUGUACUUUGUAAGUCUGUAUAUUGUGGAGUUCCGUUCCAUGUUCUUUAUAUAUUCUGUGUAAUUUUCCUUGUCAAUUGUGAUUAAUAAAUGAAUGCUAUUACAUCUGAA